AUGAUCUUUGGUCGCUCCGAGCCAUAUCCUGGCCCCAAUGGCUUCGAUCAGGCCGCCCACCACUAUGAUCCCAACAACCAACUGCCCUACCAACCAGGGCCUUCCGAUUCGGCCUGGCUGACGGACCCAACCCAUCCAGAUUACGAUCCCAUGGUAGAUCCCAACCUCCAGCUCAAGACUGUAAGAACUGCUGCUGCCUCCAUCGCCGAAUCCCAUCGUUCCGAACAACGCAGAGAUGACCGUAGGAAAGCAAAACGUGCCAACAGUCUCUCUUCUAAGCUCUUCCGUGGGCGAACGCUCCGGAGGCAGCAACAGAAGGGCUCCACGCUGGCCAAUAUGGUCACAGAGGAAGUCAAGAAUCGUCGCUCUCAAGCUGUCUCUGGCUUCCAACAUGACUCGGAUGCUGCCUUUGCCUCUGCACAGCAAGGCAACGUCCCUCAUUCAGCGACUGCCGAUGAGGCCGAUGAGAAGGAGCCUCUACCCCAAGCUCAAGAGUCUUCAUCUCAACCCGCUGGUCCCACCAUGCGCAAGAUGAAACCCAAAAAACGUAGAAACGUCCAUGUCAAUGUUCCUCCACCGCGAUCCGAGCUCAAGAAGAAUGGUGAUCCAGACGUCGACUAUCCACGUAACAAGGUUCGCACCUCCAAGUAUACCAUCGUCACCUUCCUGCCGCGAUUCUUGUUCGAACAGUUCCGUCGAGUCGCCAACAUUUACUUUUUGGGUCUCGUCAUCUUGCAAGUCUUCCCCACUUUCGGUGCAACGAUCCCACAGAUUGCCAUGUUGCCCCUCGUUGCCAUUCUCACCAUCACAGCUAUCAAGGAUUCCAUAGAAGACCAUCGUCGACAUGUUCUCGACAACGAGGUCAACAACUCGGCCGUCACUCGUCUUGGAAGCUGGCGCAACCUCAACCAGGCUAAGGAUCAACGCUCAUGGUAUCAGAAGCUCUUUGGCCUUUCGGGUCGAGGAGGUGGCAAGGUCUCGAAAGGUGUUCGCAAGCUGCGUGAGAAGGAGGAUGCGAUCGGCUUGCGUCAGGUCAACGGCAGCUCGCGCCGACCGACUGGUCUCAAUGCUGGCUUCCGUGGUAACGAAGAUUUCGGCGCCCAGAAUAGCACUCGCAGUGGUCGCAGUGACAGCCUUGUCAGCUCGCAUGCUCUCGGCACCAUUGUUAGCGAAAGCGAGCGCGACAACACCAGCUUCUACGGCGCCAGUUACAACCAAUCCAACACCGCCUUCCUCCGUGAUCAGUCCUCUAGCAACUUUGUCGAUGCCAACUCCAGCACCGUUUCGGUCAACAAGCCGCUCCAGACCAACUCGCAGCAACAAGGUCCCAGCACCAUUACUAUGGUCGAAGGUGUUGUCGACUACCGCCGUCACACGCCUGGCACUGCACGCUGGGAGCGUACCCUCUGGAAGAAGCUAGAAGUCGGUGACAUUGUCAUGCUCCGCGAAGACGAACAGGUUCCUGCCGACAUUGUUGUGCUCAACACGUCCGACCCUGACGGCAAUGCCUACAUCGAGACCAAGAACCUCGACGGUGAGACCAACUUGAAGGUUCGCAAGUCGCUCAAGGCUACCAUGGGUAUCCAGUCUGAAGAGGAUCUCGAGCAUGCUCGCUUUGUCAUCGACAGUGAGGCACCACACGCCAAUCUGUACAGCUACAAUGGUCUUCUCAAGUACACCGUUGACGAGCCCAGCAAGGAGGACGAGUUCACCGAAACACUCGAAUCGCUACCACCUGACAGUAGUGCCUAUGCUGCCGCCGAAGCUCGCACACGCCGUGUCGAACCCAUCACCAUCAACGAGCUGCUUUUGCGAGGUUGUGCGCUCCGCAACACCGAGUGGGUCAUCGGUGUCGUUCUCUUCACCGGCGAAGACACCAAGAUCAUGCUCAACUCCGGCGAGACACCCUCGAAGCGAUCCAAGAUCGAGGUCGAGACCAACUUCAACGUUAUCGUCAACUUCCUCAUCCUCAUGGCUCUUUGCACCAUUUGUGCUGUCAUCGGCGGUCUUCGUCUCAGUAACAGUAACACCAGCCGUGCGUACUAUGAAGUCGGCGCCGAGCUCAGCACCAACAACAUCGUCAAUGCUCUCGUUAUCUUUGGUUCUUGUCUCGUCGUCUUCCAGAACAUUGUGCCCAUCUCGCUCUAUAUCUCGAUCGAGAUCGUCAAGACCAUCCAGGCUUUCUUCAUUUUCCAGGAUAUCGAGAUGUAUUAUGCGCCCCUUGACUAUCCCUGUAUGCCCAAGACGUGGAAUAUCUCGGAUGACUUGGGUCAGAUCGAGUACAUCUUUUCGGACAAGACGGGUACGCUGACGCAGAAUGUCAUGGAGUUCAAGAAGUGUUCCAUCAACGGUGUUUCAUAUGGUGAUGGUGUCACGGAGGCUAUGAUUGGUGCUAUGAAGCGCGAGGGUAAGGACAUCUCUGGCUUUAGCAUGGAGAAGCAGGAGGCUGAGCUGACCGAAUCUAAGAAGCGAAUGGUCGAGAUCAUGAACCGCGCUUUCAAGAACCGCUACUUGCGACCCAACAAGAUGACCCUCAUCUCACCGCCUAUGGCUGAGACUUUGGCUGCCAGCUCCUCAGACCCACAGCGAAAGAACAUCGUCACCUUCUUCCGUGCUCUUGCGCUCUGCCAUACUGCCCUCGCCGACCGACCUGAUGGCAACGAUCCUUACACUGUCGAGUACAAGGCUGAGUCGCCUGAUGAGGCCGCACUCGUUGCAGCUGCACGUGAUGCCGGCGCCGUCUUCAUCGCCAAGAACAACAACACGAUCGACAUCGAGGUGCUGGGUCAGCCGGAGCAAUACACGCCCCUCAAGGUGCUUGAGUUCAACAGUACGCGUAAGCGCAUGUCGGUCAUCGUUCGCGAACCUGAUGGUCGGCUCCUCAUGAUCUGCAAGGGUGCCGACUCGGUCAUCUACCAACGUCUCCGCCCUGAUCAUCCUGAAGAACUCAAGCAGGCCACCUUCCGCGACCUGGAGGCUUUCGCCAAUGCUGGUCUUCGUACGCUCUGCAUCUCUUAUCGCUACCUCAAUGAAGCCGAGUACAUGGAAUGGGCUCGAAUUCACGACGAAGCCAGUGCCAGUCUCACCGACCGCGAAGAGGCCAUCGAUGAGGCCAACGAGAAGAUCGAAGUCAACCUCACUCUGCUUGGUGCCACUGCGCUUGAAGACAAGCUACAGGUCGGUGUGCCCGAAGCCAUCGAGACACUGCACAAGGCCGGUAUCAAGCUCUGGAUCUUGACUGGUGACAAGCUGCAGACUGCUAUCGAGAUUGGAUUCAGUUGCAACCUGUUGACGUCGGAUAUGGAGAUCAUGAUUAUUUCUGCCGAUCACGAGACGGGUACACGGGCACAGCUCGAGGCGGCUUGCAACAAGAUCGCCGCUGCUGGAAGGCCAGUGGUUGUAGAAGAGCCAGUCGGGAAGGGCAAGAGUGGCAAGGUACGCAAGAACCGUCUUACGGUCGAACGUACCGAAGCGGCACCCAAGGAUGGCUUUGCGGUUGUCAUUGACGGUGAGACACUUCGAUAUGCUCUUGACUCGAACCUCCGUCCUCUCUUCUUGGCUCUUACUACUCAGUGCGAGGCUGUGGUCUGCUGUCGUGUCUCACCCGCACAAAAGGCUCUGACGGUCAAGCUAGUCAAGGAUGGCAAGAACGCAAUGACGCUUGCUAUCGGCGACGGUGCCAACGACGUUGCUAUGAUCCAGGAGGCGCAUGUUGGUGUCGGUAUCGCAGGUCUCGAAGGUGCUCAAGCAUCGAUGAGUGCUGAUUACGCCGUUGGUCAAUUCCGUUUCCUCACUCGUCUGUUGUUGGUUCACGGUCAGUUGUGUUACCACCGUAUCUCGGAUCUACACAAGGUGUUCUUCUACAAGAACAUCAUCUGGACCUCCAUCCUAUUCUUCUACCAGAUCGACUCUGAUUUCACUGGUUCCUACAUCUUCGACUACACCUACAUCUUGCUGUACAACCUCAUCUUCAGCUCGCUCUGCGUUAUCGUCAUCGGUGCUCUCGAUCAGGUCGUCAACAUCAAGGCUCUACUGGCUUUCCCGGAAACGUACAAGCGAGGUAUCAAGGGUGCAGAGUAUACCAAGUUCCUCUUCUACAUGAGCAUGCUCGAUGCCUCCUUUCAAGGUGCGGUCUGCUACUUUAUUCCUUGGUGGUUCUACACCUACGGACCUAUGAUUGGACAUAAUGGGCAGGAGAUGGGUAGUUUGUCCUUAUUCGGUACGACGAUUGCGGCGGGGGCUGUGACGACGGCGAACUUGUAUGCUGGUCUGAUCGCUAAGCAUUGGACCGGUAUCUUCUGGUUUGUCGAGAUCAUCUCGUUGCUCAGCGUGUAUGCUUGGACUUUGUUGUACUCGGCUUUUCCCGUCUUUGCUUUCCAGGAUGUUGGGUUUUGGUUGGUUCAGACUGUCAACUUUUGGGCUAUCAUCUUGUUGAUUACUGUCGUAUCGCUGCUGCCUAGGUUCUUCGCACGUGCUUGGAGAGCGUCUUUCCACCCUAACGAGCACGAUAUCCUCCGUGAAGCAUGGACGCGAGGCGAUCUCAAGGAUCAAUUAGGAAUCCUGCAUCAGAGCAAGAAGAAAGCCAAACGUGCCGCCGCUGCCACUGUCAAAGCCAACGCCGGUGGUGGGAGGUACGACGAUAGCGAUGCACACUACGACGACUCUUACUCGCGCAAGAGCGGUCGCGAUCUCGAAGGACAGAACGGUAAUCAGCUCUUCUUCGAUGCCAAGCGAUCUACGGAGCGACAACGUCGUCAGCAGAAGUUUGGUCUGUCUGCGGUGGGUGAAGAGGAUGAUGUAUCGGAGACUUCGGCUGAUCCUCUGGCGGGAGAGUACGAGGAUCAGUAUGCCAGACGGGGAGGUCGGAUGCUUUCCACACCUCAACUCCAGCCUCCAGCGGGGUACAGUCCCAAUUCCGCGUUUGAUCGGAACGAUGGUGCUGUAUCGGGGUUGAGCUUCUACGAUCCAGAUGCCUUACCGAUGAACGAUCAGGCUGCGAUUCAGAACUAUUAUCAGAGGAACGAGGAUCCCAGUCGAAUUCCAAGACCUGAUGUUCCAAUGAUUCAGGUUCAACACGCUUCUGCUUUCCAACAACAGCAACAAUCGCCGCGUGGAGAACCGUAUUACGGAGGGAAGGGAGGUCUGUCGAAACAGAUGAGCAAAGACGGCUUCGCCCGAGCAUUCGACGAAGAAUUCGGUUCUGAAUUCGAAUCUUACCCUUACCCGGCUGCUACUGGGAACGGGUAUGCUCCUGCUGGUUCAAGGUCCGUUUCGAACUCUAGUUACGAUUUCAAUACAACUCAAACUAACGCUGCAGCGCCGGGUUCUGGGUCAACAACACCGACAAAGUCAGCAGGAGCAAGGUAUCAUGAUCGAUUUAAGACUCCUUCCCCCUCUCAACCGCAGUUUGGCGAAGCAACUCAAAUGCAAACAUCUCUGUCAGACCAGAGCUUGUCAGCUCCUAGCCCAACCCAUGCAGGAGGGAGGGGUCACUCGCAAGAACCUUCAGGAGCAUCACAAAUCUCUUGGCAUACUGCACAUACUGCUGAAGCUUCGCAGAAUGAACAUCAGAGAAAUAGUUCCAAAUGGAGCGCUCUUUGA